AAGAAAACAAAAAGAUUAAAACAGAAAAUGAAGAAAACACAAAAGAAAAUUUGAGUUAUGAAAAAACAUUGAAAAAUCUUAAUUCUCAAAUCAAUAUUGUAUUAAAUUUAUUUAAAACUAAAUAUAAUACUAAUGAUCCGAUUGAAAAAAAAAUGGAAGAAGUUGUAAAAUUAGCAAAAGCUACGACAGAAAUUGUUAUACCUCCAGAAUAA